UGGGACUUGAAGGAUGUUUUCAAACAGCGUGAUGACAUUCACGUGCCGGAACCUCCACUAACUUUAAUAGCUUAACUAGCUAUAAAGUUUUUCCAAACAGGUCAUGAUCAUGAAACUCUGAGUGUCUCGUAGGAUGGGAACACCUACAGAGAUCAAUGUCAGCGAUUUGGAGGAAGAGGCCGUCAAAUACAGGCACGAGAUUGUGGAUGAAGGCGAGGGGUGGGGCAGUGAAUCCUGCACACCUAUUCAGUCCCCCAACACAACAGGAAAGAGGAAGAAGAAGAAGAAAAAGAGAUGACUGUGGAUCAACCUCACCAACUGCAAAUAUGAGAGCGUGCGACGGGCAGCACGGAAUUAUGGCUUGAGAGAAGCGCCGGAAGGAGAGGAAUGGACACUGUACUGGACAGACUGUUCCGUCUCGCUAGAUCGUGUCAUGGACAUGAAGCGCUACCAGGUUUUGCUUUCUGCUUGUAGAAGAUCAACCAUUUCCCAGGAAUGAGUGAGAUCUGUAGGAAAGACCUGCUGGCCAGAAACAUGAACCGGAUGCUAAAGCUGUUUCCCAAGGAGUACAACAUCUUCCCCCGGACCUGGUGUCUCCCAGCAGAUUAUAGUGACUUCCAGGCUUAUGCCAGGGCCAAAAAACACAAGACAUACAUCUGCAAGCCAGACUCUGGGUGCCAGGGCCGUGGCAUCUUUAUCACCAAGUCCAACAAAGAUAUUCGGCCUGGCGAGCACAUGAUCUGUCAAGUGUACAUCUCUAGGCCUUUCAUCAUUGAUGGAUUCAAAUUCGACCUGCGAAUCUAUGUGCUGGUGACGUCCUGUGACCCCUUCCGCAUCUUCCUGUAUGAUGAAGGGCUGGCACGGUUCUGCACUACGCAAUACAACGAGCCAACAAACAGCAACAUGGAAGAUGUUUGCAUGCACUUGACCAACUACGCCAUCAACAAACACAGUGAAAACUUUGUCCGUGAUGAUGACACUGGUAGCAAAAGGAAACUGUCCACCUUCAACAAGUACCUAGAGGUAAUGCGGUAUGACAAGGAGAAGAUAUGGGCUGAUAUUGAGGACGUGAUCAUCAAAACGCUAAUAUCAGCCCACCCUAUCCUGAAGCACAACUACCAUACCUGCUUCCCCAACCAUGCCUCUGGGAGUGCUUGCUUUGAGAUCCUGGGCUUUGAUGUGCUGCUGGACCAUCGGCUGAAGCCCUGGCUUCUGGAGGUGAACCAUUCCCCGAGCUUCACCACAGACUCCCGGCUAGACCGGGAGGUGAAGGACAGGCUGCUGUAUGACACACUGGUCCUCGUCAACCUUGGGGCCUGCGAUCGCCGCAAGAUCACAGAGGAGGAGAGACGGAGGGUCAAAGAGAGGCUGCAGCAGAACAGAUCCAGAGAGGCCAGGAGCGAGGAGCUGCGUCAGUCGCAGGCUGCCAGCAUCGAGCAGAUGCAGAGAUACGAGGCAAAGAACCUGGGCGGGUUCCGGAGGAUCUUCCCCCGUGAGGGCGGGGAGAAGUAUGAGAGGUUCUUUAAGCACAGCAGUUCCCUUUUCCAGGAGACUGUUGCGUCCAAAGCUAGGGAGGAGUGCGCAAGGCAGCAACUUCAGGAUCUACGUGUGAAACAGGAGCACAAGGACUUUAAAAGCAACCGUAGACGUGACCUCCAGGGGGAGUCUGCAGGAGAGCGGGCCAAACCCCACCCGGCACGCCCUGCCAGCUUGAGCCCCAAAGACUCCACUCUUUUGAACAUGCCCCCCCUCUCCAACCUGAGGAAAGACAUGGUUGUGGCAGCUGACCUGAUGGAUGAGGAGGAGGAGGUGGAGCGAGUGAACGGGCUUCUGCAGCGGGCCUGCCUGCUGCAAGAUCUGGGUGUGGUGGAUCAGGUGCACCAGAUGCUUCAGUGUACAGCUUCACCCCUAGACAAUGCACCGCAACGCAGCCAAAUAAACUCCCAAUAUCAUGUACACAGUACGGCUAUCAUUAUAAAAGAGAGGGACCUGGACGGCAAUCAUAUAAAUCGCAAGCUGGACUCCCCAGCAGAAGUCUCUCGGAGGCCACGGCACCAAUGCUCAGCGAUUCACCAGCACCUGUCCCAUGGGGCCAAGCCCUGUUCCCAAUCGGUUCAGCAGCGCUGGCCCUGGCUUGGCCUGGACAAGGGCCUUCAGGGGACUGAGUCUCUGGAUGAGUUGCACCAUGUUUCCAAAGCAGCAUUAGUGGAGAUGGAAUGUCAGAGGCCCAUGGAGCUAAAAAGAUCCAGCAGUGCACAGCGCAUCCCCAGGACAAUUAGUGCUUCUCUCAGAGCGUUGUACCGUCAGGGCAGCAUGAGUUCAUCCUUCACUGAGACUCGGGUACGUGCCCAAAUGGCCAGCAGUGUGCAGAUUCCCUGCCACCAGCCGAUGUGCACACAGAUAUCCACUGACCGCAACGCACUGCAGAGCCUCUACAUCAUCUCCACCCCAGCCCCUCUCAUUCAGCGCCCAGACCUCCUGCAGCCACCCUGCAAGACCCACCAAAAAAUUCCCACUGCACAAGCCAGGAUACUGGGAGGCAUAUUGUCCAGACCACAUAAAAAUUCACAUCAACUGGCAGCAGAGGACGACAUCCUACCCCCUCAGAUUAGAAACUCUUGUGCUAAGAAUUUGAGAGGAAGAAAAAAAUAGUGCCUGUGGUAAGUGGGACAUUUCAAUGUUAGCAGUUUGUGCAAGACACCUAUGGGAUCUCACUAAUCAGAGUCCCAGGGCAGUAGUGCAUCUGUUUUCUAGGAACACUCUCUCCACCUCAAAUGCCAUGCUUUAAAGCGGAGCUUGUCACGAAACACUGUAGCUAUACCUGUGUAUAGCAGUGUCAUUAAACAGAAGAUUUAACUUUGUGCGGCCUGUAAGUGUCCGCUGUAUUUGUAGAAUUUGGUGGCACUGAAUGUUCCUGUUUUACUGAAUCACUGUGUCUGUACCAUCUUAGCCACCUCCAAGUCUAACAUUCUCACUCAAAAGGAAGUUAUAGAUAUACCUGAAACUGUUUAUAUUUAUUUGCAUAGAAUGUUGAUUUACUGAAGGUUCCUGCUUCCUGCCUAGCCCAAAGCAGCUAUUUUACAGUCAUGGAAACUGUAUCAGACUCUAAAUGUGUGUCAGUUGUUCUACUUUUUAACCUACUGCAGUCUUCUGAUAUGAAAAAGCAGUGCUUUCCAUGCAUCACUGAGUGCAUCGGUGGUAAUCAGUGAAACGUCCCUGAUGCUUCACCUCAUGACAGAUGUCAAAUGAGAAAGGUGUUUCUGUUUGAUUGUCAGAUGUUGGUCCUCACUUUCCCUUAGAAUUCCCCUUCACAACAGUACGGACAGAGAACGGUCUACCCCAGGGCUGUUCAACCCUGUUUCUGGAGAUCUGCUGUCCUGUAGGUGUUCAUUCCAACCCUAACAAACCUCACCUCAUUCAACAGCUAGAAAUCUCAUUGGGCUGCUAAUUAGUAGAAUCAGGCGUGCCAAAUUAGGGUUGACAUGAAAAUCUGCAGGACAGUAGAGCUGCAGGAACAGUAUCUACUGUAUUCACCAUCCAUGUUGAAUUUUAAACAAAGCAUUACAGCAAUCUCAUCAAUUGAAUUAAGAAGAUAUUUAUUCCUUAUUGCUGAUUUUGGUAACCUUGUUGUGACUUAUUUUGACAAGCAUAUUCCUCAAUAAAAAAAACUUUUUUUACUGUGA